CAAAUAUCGUACCAACUGUCAGGCAGAAGAAGCAGCGAUUCGUAAACAUGGCUGUUGAUGGGAGAAGUGUGGCCACCCAGCAGUUUCUCAAGAAAACAGACCAGAUCAAACAAGGCGCAGAAGCUCGUGUAUAUCGUGGGAUAUUUUUGGGCAAACCAACCAUUUUUAAAGAACGGUUUCCGAAGUUGUACAGGCAUCCCUUGCUGGAUGAAAAACUCACACAUCGCAGGACGGUGCAAGAGGUGCGUUCAUUACUUCGCUGUCGAAAAGCUGGAAUAUCUGUACCGGCGGUUUACUUUGUAGACCACUCCUGCCACUGCAUCUUCCUGGAAGACAUUGUUGGCUCCAUAACUGUGCGAGAGUACAUCGCAUCCACCCAGCUCACACCCCAGAAAAACCAAGAGGAAAGUCUGGACCAGCUUGCCAAGAAGAUCGGCCUGGUUCUGGCCAAAAUGCAUGAAGAGGACGUUGUCCACGGAGACUUGACCACGUCCAACAUGCUGCUGAAGGCAGGGGUCGAGACGGGUGAGGCGGACCUGUUCCUGAUCGACUUUGGCCUGAGCUACAUAUCAGCCCUGCCGGAGGACAAGGGAGUGGACAUGUAUGUCCUGGAGAAGGCGUUCCUCAGCACCCAUCCCAACACAGAGGCGCUGUUUGACAAGCUGCUAAAAGCCUACGCCUCCUCAUACAGGAAGUCCCACGGCGUCAUUAAUAAGCUCAAUGAAGUUCGUUUGAGAGGGAGAAAGAGGUCGAUGGUUGGUUAAUGGGAACCUGUCAGUUCUUUUCGGUGAAUGUCUUUAAAUGGGCUUGCCAGUUUUGACCAUGGUUCGUUUAAAGGUUUUGAUAGUUCAGAAGAAGGAUGUUUGCAUGGACCCUGGAGUGGCUGGUUGUCAUAAUGUUAUGUUAGCACAAGGAUUUAUUUGAAAUAAAAUACCUUUUACUCUGUU